UAAACCACGACACAAACACAGUGCUGCUGCUGCUGCUUCGUCCUGUUUCUUCGACUCUGACACAUUUAUCAGGAGGAUGGACGCAGCUGAUGAUGUGGACGAGGACGAACUUCUGGACUGCGACGUCCAGAUGAUGAUUGAAGAGUCGUGUCAGAGAGAACACCUGACAGGAUCAGGGAGGAGCGAAACUCUGAGGCUCGCUGAUGCCAUUGAACGAGGCGACCUGCUGGCUCUGCAGGAGCUCUGUGAUUUCCCAGCAGCCCUCAGUCAGAGGGACGAGCAAGGCUGGUACCCUCUGCAUAGGGCGGCGGUGCAAACCCUGGUCUCGGUCCUGGAGACAGUGCUGUACGCGUCUUUCCGUGAGGAAAAAACUCUGGACGGUGAGACCUUCCUGACUUUGGCUGUAAAAGCCGGUUUGGUGGAAAAUGUGAAGAUGCUGCUGGACCACGGAGCCUCUCCUCACACCACCAACAGCAACAACGAGUCUCCUCUGCUCUUAGCAGUCAGAGCUGGAUCUCCUCAGAUGGCUUCCUGUCUGAUAGCUGGAGGAGCUCGGGUGGAGCAGGUGUGUCUGAGGAAGUGGACGGCCAUGCACGAGGCCUCCAGGGCCGGCUGCGUCCACGUCGUGGAGCUCUUGCUGCAGAACGGAGGUCAGGUAUCAGAGACAGACCAGCAUGGAGUGACUCCUCUGGGCAUCGCAGCAGAGUACAGCCACCCUGACGUCCUGGAGCUCCUCAUCAAACACGGUGCUGAUGUAAACGCUCAGGCUCCAAACGGCGACAGCGUCCUGUACGAUGCUGCAGGUUCAGGGAAUCCAGACUGUAUCGACAUCUUGCUGCAGCACGGAGCGGAUCCCAACAUCCACAACCUCAGCUCCCAGCUGCCCAUCCACCGAGCGGCAUACGAGGGACACUACCUAGCUUUGAGGCUUUUGAUCCCGAUCACUACCCGACGGGCCCUGCGGCUGUCUGGCCACAGCCCUGUCCACUCUGCAGCUGACGGAGGCCACGCUCACUGCCUGGAGCUCCUGCUGCGGAAAGGUUUCGAUGUCAAUGCGCUGUUGGCUCCUCACAUCUCUGAAAACUACGGAGACGUGAGGAGAAGCCCGCUACACUUCGCUGUCUCCAAUGGGGACAGGAACUGUACCGAGAUGCUGCUGAGGUCAGGAGCCAAACCAGACCUGGACCCGCUGUGCUGCCUCCUGGUGGCGGUCCGGUCCGGACGCUACGAGAUCGUGAAGCUGCUGCUGGCGGCCAAAGCAGACGUGAACUGUUACUUCACGGUGGUGAACAACACAGUGUUUCCCACGGCGCUGCAGUACUGCCUGAAGGACGAGGUGAUGAUGAGGCUGCUGCUCAACAAUGGCUACGAUGCCGAAAAGUGUUUCUGCUGUAACCACGAUGACGACUGGGACGAUCUGAGUGAGUCCGGUUACUCACAGCAUCAGGAGGAAAAAGUCGCUUUUUGUGAUUUCGUCAGCGUGUCCUGGCUGGGGAACCUGGUGGGCCGAGUCGUGUCGAUCCUCCUCGAAUACGUUGGUCAGGUUUCUCUCUGCGGCAAACUGACAAAGAUCCUGGAGAAACACAAAGAGUGGCCUCACAUUCACAGGACAACACGUAACCCUCGCUCUCUGUCUCACCUGAGCAGAGUGGUGAUCAGGAAACACCUGGGCUGCAGCGCUCUGAUGUCCGUCCACCUGCCAAACAGACUGAAGGACUACCUGCUGUUCAAAGACAACGACCUGUACUCUAAAAUCAUCUGCAGGGAGGACUGAGGGGAGGAGGAGGAGGAGGAGGAUUUCUCUUCUAUCUAGAGUCUUAAACAUCAGCAAUGACUUUGUGUUUUUCUUUUGUAAACUUUUGUGGUUUGUGUAACAGGGCCUGUAUUAACCAAACAUAUAGGAGUUAAACCUGAGAAGGCUCUAAAGAACCAACUCAGGAGUAAGAGAGUGUGAGCAAUAAGACACAUUUAUCAAGAGACUAAACUUUUAAGUGAUGAACACGAUUAAUCAUAUUUGUGCUCUGAGCGACAAGCCAAACAAAAACAAGUGCUUCAGAAAAAUCUUGGAAAAACAACAAAAAAGUAUUAAAUCUUUAGAAAAAAUCAUUUUGCUUUGUUUGUGAAGUUUAAGAGGCAAAAAUUUCAGCCUUUCUCAAAGUUCAGCCUGACAAUUUUAAUUUUAUUCUUAAGUUUUCAAGUAGGAAAAAGUGAAGAAUUUUCACUUUUAUUUUCCAAUCCAAUCUAAAAUGUCGCUUCUCCUAAUUUGUACUGUAAAACUGAGAAGGAUUUUAUUUCCAGCUGUUUUAAAGGGGCAUUAACUACUUUGGUCCCGGCUGUUGCACAAAAUUUCAGCAUUAAAAUACCUGCAGUUAGUUACUGAUCAAUGCUGGUUGCUUCAUCACGGUGUCAGCUGACUCCGAUUUCUGGGACUCAAGUGUUGGAGGAAGUAGCCUCUUAAAUGUGACUGUAGAAAUAUAACCGACCAGGUGACGUUCAGACCAUAAAUUCACAUUGUGCACUGAUUUUUCAUAUUAAAAG